AUGACACACUGGAAUUCAAGCAAGGAUAAAAGUGGAACGCUGAUUGAAAGACCGUAUAACUACACUAAAGCGUUUGGUCAACAAAACAAGGAUCACAAGAGGCCACCUGGUGACGGAAUUAUCGCCAGAAGAGGAACAAUCAUUGGAGGAUUUAAAGGAGUGGAUCAAAAUAAUGAGGAUAGAUUAGAUCCGAUAAUUCAAUUUGAGUUAAUUGGUACAAUGCAGCAGUUCAACUAUUCAACAACACAUUAG